CGGCCCGGGCGGGCUCGUCGGCCCGCAGCCGCCAGGCAGAUGCUGCUUCUCAAGCAGGAGAAGAGCCGAGCGCGGCAGCUGCUGAGGCCGGCCACGUGCACGCAGGCCUGGGCGGACAACGCGCGGCGCUCAAAGCGAUGCAGGAGGCCAUUGUGAUCACUGAGCAGCCGGUCUCUGUCUCCGUCCCUGUUGGAUACUCCCUUGCUCUGCGAUGCAGAGCUGAGGCCUGCACGUCUCUCCAGUACCAGUGGUUUUGCCAGCGCCAGUCUGUCUGCUGCCAGAUUCCUGGUGCCACUGAACAGGACUUGCUCAUCACUGCACAGCAAACCCAACUCUAUACCUGUAGGGUGAAUGACAUCUAUAAAAAUGCUGUCUUCUCUAACUGGGUGAAAGUUGAGGUCCAUCAGUGUGUUGGCAGAGGUCUGCUCCCUCAGCUUUGGCGAGGAGAACCAGUCAUCAUCCUCAACCCCACUGAGCAGAAGGUGGAAGUAGGGAAACCACUACAGCUGCAGUGUGCUGCCAUGGGGGUCCCAGCCCCGAGCUUCCAGUGGUACCGUAACGGGAAUGUGCUGGAACACCAGAAGAAAAAAAAGCUCUGGAUCAACCAUGCAAAGGUCAGCGACUCCGGCACGUACCUCUGCUGUGCUUCCAAUAGCCAUGGAGAGCACUGGACCAACGCAGUGGAUAUUCACGUGGGUACGUGUCAGCCUGAAAAGUUUUUUGCUACAGACAAGAUAGCACUUCUCGUGGGCAACAACCAUUACCAGCAUCAUCCAAACCUUAUGGCUCCUGUCGCGGAUGUAUUUGAACUGAGUCUUCUGCUAAAGCAACUGGAGUUCCAGGUUGUGUCUCUUCUGGACCUGAACAAGGCCGAGAUGAUGACAGCGGUCAGUCGCUUCCUGCAGCUUCUGGGGAAAGGUGUCUACGCUAUAUUUUACUACGCUGGACAUGGAUAUGAACAUUCAGGGAGGAACUACAUGGUCCCCAUUGAUGCCCCACAGCCCUAUGCCCCUGAGAACUGCAUCAGCGUGCAGAGGAUCCUCCAGAAGAUGCAGCAGCAGCAGACAGCCCUGAAUCUCAUCCUUCUGGACACCUGCAGGAAAUGGUACAACCCAGGGUGUGCCCUGUCCCACGUGCAGCCACUGGAGCCCCGGGGCAAUACCGUUUAUGGCUAUGCCACAAGUGAAGAUGCAGAAGCCUAUGAAUUGCAGGAUGGGGAAUUCAGCUCUGGGAUCUUCAUGAAAUAUCUGAAGAAACAUAUUCUGCAGGAAAAAAAAGUUACACACAUGCUGGAGGAUGUGUUAGAAGAUAUUGGCCGGGAUCCUUUGGUCACUGGGAAGCAGGUGAUGGAGAUCAAGCACACGCUGAAGGAAGCCCGGGCGCUCACAGACCCCAUCUGCCCCUCAGGAGCGGCCGCACUGCGCUGGGGCCGCAGCCACGAGGUGCUUAAUGAAGUACUGAUGUUCCCGUGCGGGGCACGGGUGGAGCUCCGAUUCCAUCAGGUUUUCUCCAACGUGGUAUACGUGUGUGCCAAGCUACAGGCACUACCAUCCCACAUCGCCGACGUCCGCCUCCUGCUCUGCUGUCUGGCUGAGAAGCAAGAUGUGACCAUGCGGCAGGACAGCCACCCAGACCAAAUGGAGUCUCUGCUCGCCUCUGUUUACAAGCAAGAGGAAUAUGACUGCACAUUCCAGCUCAGUGGACUGCAGAAAAUUCAGACAGAUGUGCUCCUGCAGUUGGAUUUGCAUUACACGCAGCUAAGCACAAAGCAGAGGACUUGUGAAAGCCUGCAAAAAAUCCUCCAGAAAUCUCUGGUAGCACAGUUGUUCAGCCACAGAACUUCUGCCCAGCCAAGCUGCCAACAGACUCCAGUGUCCACAGGCAGCGUGUGCCUCAGGGACACGUCCACGCUGAGCACAGGCCCCAAGGCACCGCGGAGGACGGGCUCCGGGCACAGCUUGCCACACAGCAACCCCUCCAAAUCCUGCAGCGAGCCGGAAGAGAACGAUGAGAGCGACUGGGACGAACUCUGCUCGGCGCUGCUCCGGGCUGGCCCAAGGCAGGACUGUCCCUGAUACCUGCAGACUGUCGUGAGCAACCUGGGGACUGUCUUUUGAAAAGGCAAAUAUAUGCUAAAAACGACUGAAGUCAGUGGUUGCCUUCAGCCUCAGCAGUCCUGCUGCCCAAAUCCGGCUGCUGGUGGCUGAGGCUGCUUUUGGAAAGGCCUCUGCCAUGUGCACCAUGCAGGGCUGAAACCCCCUGGAAAUAACCUCUGGCCUGCAAAACGUUCUGCGCUCUUGGGAACGUGGAGGAGUAAUUGUCAUGUCUAGCAGAAGACAGGGCCUCCCUUCAAGUCAUAACAUUUCCAGACAAAACCUAAUAUUGCUUAUAGUCAAGGGCAUUGACUGAUGUUUUGGGAGAUUUAGCCUUUGCUAAGCGAGUGCCUGGAGGCAAACAUUACAGCAUUAAACACAGCGAGGUAGGAUACCCAUAAACAACACUACAGGCCUAUGCUACAGCAGGGACGCAGUCCAGAAACCCAAACACAACUGCUGCCUCUCAUCACACUUGUAAAAAUGAUGCAAGGAGUUGACGAGUGAGCAAGAUAAUAUGUGAAUGUAUAAGCUUUCCCCUAGGUGGUUUUCUUUCCUUGCAGUUCCUGCCUAUGUAAAAACAGAUGUUAAUUUAUGUCUUUAUGUAUUUCUGAAGAGUGGGUUUUUAAUUUCUUCCUUGCCAGGAAAAGGAGGUUGAGAUGUCCUGUUUAAUGCAUGUUUACAACACAGGCUGGUUUUCCAUCAGCAGUAGCUCCUGGUUCCUGCUUCUACCUGCCUCUUCUAGCGUGUUACACACAGUCAUAAAAGGGUGUGAAAUCCGGUGUGGUCCUGAGUUCCUGUUGGAUGCAGAACCUCCUAAGCAAGGACAGGAUCCAUCCUAAGAGAGGACAGGAUGGAGAAAAGAGAACCCCAGUGAAUUUAUUAGUACUUCUUUUGUUUUUCAAAGUGUUCAUCUCUGUGUGCUUUCCCCUUGGGCAACUUCAGGACCUACCUUUUAUGCAGAACCACCUGUCUAGAGAGAGCCACAGGUGAGUGGGGACCAAAAGACAACCUAAGCAGGUGCAGUACCACCAGCCCAAUUCUGUAUUACUUGUUUAAUAAGAUUUUGGCAUAGCAUCAGCUGAUUACUCUGCAAGGGUAAGGAGGUAGGAGAUGGUAUGAGAAGGACCAGCGAUCCCAGUGAGCUGUGGGAUCUCUGUCUUUGGAGGUGGUCAGCUCUGGACUGGAGAUACAGAUGAACUGAUUUAAUUUGGCCCUGCUUGGGGCAAGAUGUUGGACCAGAGACCUCCAGGGGUCCCUUCCAGAUGUGAGUUUGUGAAGGGAGGAACUUGGAGAUCAAGAACUUCUAGUGAGUCAAGGAUGGCAGGGUGGGGAGAGAACUUUCGGUCUCCUGUCUUGGCCUAAAUGAGGGCUGGGUAGAACAUUUUGUGCGUUACAGUUCUCUGUCAGCAGCAAAGAUGUUUGUAUCUCAGUCUACAGUGGGGACUGUCUAUUACACCAUGGAAAAAUAUGAAAUGUCACUUCCAGAUAAACCAUCC